CGGUUAAAAUCCAUUCAAAGUAUGUGGCUGAAACGGGCAAACAUAUUUCAAUAGAAACUAUACGAAAUACAUUAAGAAGGUGUGGUUAUAAAGCCAGGGUUAAACCUAGAAAACCUGCAAUAAAUGAAAAAGCCAGAUUAGAACGCCUUCAUAAAUUAGAACCUGAUUAUGUUGAUCAGACCAAAAAAUUUGGAGGUGGAGGUAUAAUGGUUUGGAGCUGUAUAACUUCGCGUGGUGUUGAUAAUAAAGGUUAUUGCAUUAUUCUGGCCAAAGAUCUUGUUGGCACCUUACUUGAACAUGACUUAGAUCUUAAAGAUCGUCUAAAAGAGCUAGAGCAAGAAUCGGCCACAAAAAAAGAAAAGCUAAAUAAAUUGUGGAAAAUGGUAGAAGAAGAAUGGAAAAAAAUUGAUAUUAAUUUUAUUGCCAGUCUCUAUGAUUCUAUGCCGCGAAGAAUGGCUGCUGUGAUUGCAAAUGAUG